AUGGGAAUAUCGCAAUUCGUGUAUCUGCAAGUGAUGGCAUUUCCUGCUGUACAGGAUGAAUCAAAUACUCCACUUCUUAUAAUCAAGGUGAUGAAGCCACAGAAGAAGCAACAUCUUACCGAUCGCGCUACAGCUGCCACAACGGAAAACGGCUUCAAUCGUCAACGUGAUCGGGAGCCGUUCAUUCAACAAUUGGUGUUUGUGGUUGCAUGCUGA